AUGUCUCCAGACCGCUAUCCUAGCGAGGCUGUUGAUCCCGCACCUUUGAAGCAGCCUUUAAAAUUCGAAUUUUCUGGCCGGGUGGCAAGAAACCGCCUUUUGAAGGCUGCCACAACUGAGCGACUGGCCAGCUGGUCUCGAAAUGAACCAACAUUCGUCGGAAUACCAGAGGAGAAGCUCAUAAAUGUCUAUCGUCGAUGGGGUCAAGGAGGCUAUGGUGUUAUAGUCAGUGGAAAUAUUAUGGUUGCCGAUGACCACCUUGAGGCACCCGGCAACAUGAUCAUUCCACUUGGCGCUGUCACCAAGGUGGGAGACCGGAGAUUUGAUGGAUUUUCCGAGCUGGCAAAUGUUGCCAAAAGAGAAGGAUCGUUGUUCGUGGGACAACUCAACCAUCCUGGCCGCCAGACCAAACUGGAACUACAGCCAAACCCGGUCUCUCCAAGCGAUAUACCUUUGGAGAAUACCCUUGGGAUGUCCUUUGGACGGCCCCACGCUGCUUCGCUUGCAGAGAUAGCGAAAAUUACUCAUCAGUUCGUUUGGUCGUCGGAAUACCUUUAUGAGGCCGGGUUUGACGGUGUGCAACUUCACGCGGCACAUGGCUACCUUCUCGCCGCCUUCUUGUCCAAGACCACGAACAAUAGGACAGAUCAAUACGGUGGAUCUCUUCUCAACCGAUGUCGUCUGAUCCUCGAAAUCGUGCAAGGAAUUAGACAAAAAGUUCCUUCAUCCUUCAUCAUCAGCAUCAAGUUGAACAGCGUCGAAUUCCAAGAAGGAGGCCUAACCCCUGAAGAGGCUCGUGAGCUGUGUACAAUAUUGCAGGACCAAGCACAAAUUGACUUUGUGGAACUCAGCGGUGGCACUUAUCAACGACUGGCCUGGGAACAUCAACGAGAGUCAAGUCGGCUGCGCGAAGCCUUCUUCCUGGAAUUUGCGGAAAUGAUUACACCCGUUCUCACGCGCACAAAAUCGUACGUUACGGGAGGAUUUCAAACAGCCCCCGCAAUGAUCAACGCUCUAAAAGCCACUGAUGGAAUCGGCAUCGCAAGAGCAGCGUGUCAAGAGUUCUCCUUUGGACGCCAUCUGCUUGAUGGUAGGAUUAACUCAGCCAUCGCCCAGAGGCUUGAUCAUCAAAAUUUCAUGCUUACCAACGUUGCUGCGGGAACACAAAUUGGGCAGGUCGGAUGCGACGAGAACCCGAUCGAUCUCUCCGUGCCAGAAAACGUGGAUUGCUUCCUGAAAGACAUGAAGACAUGGAUCCAACGAUUAGGGGAGGACAAGGACAUGCUCAUGCAAGGCUACGUCAACAUGAGCAGCGUCGCUCCGGCUCCUUACAAUGACAAUUUAAUUUAG